AUGGUUAAAGCGACGACAAAGAAAGGCGCUGUUGACAAUGAUGAAUCGGUCAUUCUCGACUACUUGAACAAGCAAAACAGGCCGUACAGUGCGAAGGUCGUGUCCCCCUCCUCAGCUUAUCGUGUGGUGGUCACUAGUAGCUUUAUCGCUAGUGACCUGCUCGCUGUGGGCCGCGUCGACAUUUUCAACAACUUGCACGGCGCGGUUGGCAAAACGGCAGUCACGAAAGCGCUCGCGUCGCUCACAGCCGGAGAGAAGAUUAUCGAAAAGGAGUACGGCAAGCAGCAUGUCUAUUGCCCAAGACAGGACCAAUUCGAAAUCCCCGAUGAAGCCGAACUCGACCAGCUCGACCAAACGAUCGACGAGCUCAGGGAUCAGUUGCGCGAAGAGAACGUAAAGGUCUCUGGCGCAUCGAUGAAAACCGUCGAUAUCAUUGCUCGGGUGGCAGCGCUGCGCACCAAGAAUGCAGCCAACAUGGAGCGCUUGGAAAAGCUCAAAACUGGCACCAAGCUGGUUUCUUCGGCUGAAAUUGCUCGUGUUAAGAAAAACUACACCACCGCUCACACGGCCUGGCGGAGUCGAAAGAAGAUGUGCAUGAAUGUGAUCGACCAGGUCAUGGAAUCCUACCCCAAACCCAAGGCCCAUCUGAUAGACUUGGUCAAGAUGGAAACAGACGAGGAGGUCGGCGUGAAUUUUGCCAGCAUGCCUGCCCCGUAG